AUGAAAUUCACCACAUUUACCACAACUGCAGCUGCUUUAUUUGCCGGAGUUGCGGUAGCAGCUCCAGCUUCUGCAACUGCCGCCACCCCAACCGGCGACGUCCUCGUCCCCACACAAUCUUCAGUGCCAAUUUUCCAAGAAUUUCAAGAAUUGGAAAAGGACGUUGAAAAGAUUGUGCAGGACGUGAGAUCAGUUGUUCCAUUGGUAAGUGGUAAUGCUACUUACCCACAAGACCUUAGACAGUUGAUCUCAGCUAUUUCAACAACUGCCAACGACGUCGAAGGCUUGGUCAGAGACAUUGGCCAAGACCUAAGAGGUAUUUUUACUGGUGGUCGUAACUGA